GGCAACGGCAAUAGGUCGGUGUAACCCAGAAAAAUUCAAGUUCACAUGCCAAAUACUGUGAGAAUUUCUAUAAUUUUUUUCAUUUGGAGGAACGUGGAGGGACAAUGUAUUUUUAUUUUCUCUUGUAGAAGUGGAGGGUAAAUUAUUAUCGGAAAAGGCGGAGGUGUGCAUGAACGAUAGACAUAAAUUAUUGACAGGUUACCUCAGGGGCGAAUAUAGUACGAUCGAAUUGUUCUAUCGUCUAUCGUCGAAUUACAGCAUUAGCUAUGACAACGUUGAGAGGCAUUUUUCCUAGUCCAAAACCACCGAGGCGAAAAAAUUUUAUCCAAGAAAAUGUGAAAAAUCUACGUCGCAUGGAGCAAUAUUUUCAGUCGAGCAAAGAGGUGGAGGACUUGGAGAAAUUGAAAAUCCAAAGUAGACAGGGCAAAUACCAAAAUGUUGCAGCACGUGUCAACUCGAGUUUACAUAGAUCUCAGAGGAGAUUGGAGGUCGGAGGAAAUCACUCUGCUGACAGCAGGGAAAUUGGGAUUCAUCAUGAGCUACAGAGAAAGUCGAGUGCUCCUGAACUCAGAAAUAAUGCGACAACUCCGAAUACAAAAAAAACGCCGAUUACUAAAAGUAAAGUUCCUCCUGUUGUUGUUAAUGGAAAACAGAAGAUUCUCCGAGAGCGGAAGAAUGAGUCAAUGAAAAAAGCUGCGGGUGAGCCUCAAACAUUGCCAAAAGUUCCCUUAAAUCUCGAUUUUAUCGAGGAAAGGGAUCACUGUGAUAAUAAUUGCGAUAGUUCUAAGUGCAAAAGUAAGGGAAUCCAAACAUUGGAUACUGAUAAUUUGGAAGGAAUCUAUGCUGAAGGAAUAGUCAGAUAUCCUUCUGCGCGGAGUUUGCCAAUCAACGAAGAAAGUGAGAUUACGGAUGGGGAGGCAUUGAGGGGCGAUGGAUCUUUAGUUAUCAACCAGAAAUCCCGGAAGAAACCAAAUUCAUCUACGUCCAAAGAAACCACAGACUGUGUGAAAUUAAAUAAGGAAAAACUUACAAUUGCUAGUAAAAUGGCUGCUCAGCUCAACAAUGGAGUUCUACCGCCCAAUUAUAGAAAGGGUGUUGUCCCUAAAUAUAUUAAGGAACGAAAGGAAGAACGUCAACAAGAGAAAGAACGUCAGGCCCUGGAGGAAGCGAUCUUCGCGGAAUGUCCAGAGGGUCAUGUGCCAUUGCCUGAUAAUGAACGCAGAGAGACCCUAAAGCUGUUGAAAAAAAAUUAUCAAGAGCUAGUCAAUGAACUCAACAUGCUGCCCAUAAGGUCCGACACUUUGCGCUCCCAAAGGCGAAAAAUGGAAAUCGAACGUCAGUUGACGAAACUCGAAGAAGGUGUCAAAGUUUUCUCAAGACCAAAAGUAUUUGUUAAAAUCAAUGCCUGAAAACAUUCCAUGCACCCAAAGAGUCGUACAGUAGACUUCCGUUAUCGGAGGUAGUAGAAUUGGAAAACCCAAAGGUACGAGGAAAAAAUUGAAUGCGAAGGAAAUUGAGCAGUGGUGUGACUGUAACGAGAUUCUACUGUAUUAUUAUAUCACUUCAUCUUGAUUACUCACUAAAGUAAAUAUCACUCAUCACACGAUGGUACGAGGUAAUUUGUAAAUAUUGUACAUUUAUCGAUGGUGAAGAAAAUAUGGCUUUAUUAGGUGGCAUUGUCAUUUCUCUUUAAUUAGCAUCCAAAUGUGCAAGUACAAAAUAAAAAUAUUUUUGACAAUUUUA